AGUUUGUUAUUCAUCUUCUAUUUAGUGAAAUCACUCAAUAUUUUUUUUCUUAUUAAAUAUACUUAUUCAAUGAUGUUUUUUAUCCGAAAAGUGUAUGUAAGAAAAAUACCCACUACUAAGCAUUCCCUCUUAAAUAGAUUGACAAAAAACAAAUAUUUAUCCAAUUGGAAAAAUUUAUUUUUCAAUGAUUUUUGUUAUAUAAUUUCAAAAUAUUCAUAAAAGUUAUUUGAAAGUGUAAAAAACUUGAUGGCUUGCAAGGUUUUUGAGUUGUCCGUCAGUUUUCUGUGUUGUGUUCCAGUGUUGGUGUUUUUUUUUCUGUUUUCAAGAUGGUGGUUCGCUAGAAGAAUUGAAAUAAUUUUCCGAGACUAAAUUUGUCUUGGAUUCUUGAUUGAUAAGAAUCUAUUCUGUUAUUUCAGUUAUAAGUUUGAAAAGUGUUAAUCUUGUAGUGAAAUGCUAGUUCAAGAACCUGUAAAGGCGGCCAUCUGGCAUUGUCUAAAUCAUUACGCUUACCCAGACGCCAUAUUUCUAGCUGAACGACUAAGAGCUGAAGUUGACUCUGAAGAUACAUUAUUUCUGCUGGCAACGUGCUAUUACCGCAGUGGCAAACCAGCUCAGGCAUAUUCCCUAUUGAAUGAGAAAGGUGCCAACUCUCCACAAUGCAAAUAUCUUCUGGCCAAAUGCUGUUUGGAACUCAACAAAUUGUCAGAAGCAGAGUCAGCGCUGACAGGCGGCGGGUGCGGCGGUGCAGUGAGCCUGGACGACGUGACAUGUGAGUUUGGCGAGGCGGCCGGCUUUGCGCUAGCCCUGGUGGCGCGAGUCUGCUACGCCAGCGACCGCACAGCGCGUGGAGCCGACGCCUACCGCCGCGCGCUGCGUGUCAACCCAUUCCUGUGGCACUCGUUCGAGGAGCUGUGUCAUCGCGGCGAGAAGCCCGACCCGAACAAGGUGUUCUCGCUCAACAGCCUCGACAAUCUGUCGGCCAUCAUCGGAUCCAGUCAGGUGGCCUCGUUGCACAAUGUGACUGUCACCGCCAACGCAAACACCAGCUCCACCUACUGCGAGCCACUCGAUCAUGUCUAUGUCAACAGUAGCAGUACGCCAGUGCAAGUACAGAACGUACUGAGCAGUAAUAUCGCUAUAAGUGGUAUUCGACCUCAGUACACGCCUGAGGAGACUGUACACAGCACGUUGAAUAGCCACGCCCCCAAACGAAAUCCAUGCAAAGAAUUCACACAGAAACUAUUCUCCAACAUCAGCUAUUCCCCAUUUUCGCCCAGUUUUGGAGUAUUUCCAAUUGAUUACACGUCAAGUCCCAGUGACGUGAUUACGUCGCCAAUGGCUCCUUCCAGUAUGGCUCUACCCCCAUCCACACUCACUGAAGCCAACGACCAGAAAGGCCUUAGCAAACGCAUGAUGAAUCGCAAAGACACACCGUUGCACCAGUCGAAGCCAGUGUUCAGCCAGUGCUCAGGCAAUCUCACCUCUCCCAGCGCCCCUCCCACGCCCCACGCCCAUUCCCCCCUCCAGUCGGCGCAGAACGUACGGCGCAGCUCACGGCUAUUCUCCAACAGCUACUCUGUCAAGGAAAACAACAAGAGUCCGAACAGGAAUAAAUUCGUGACGCCGAAAUCGCCGAGGAAGGUGAAAAGUCGAAUAUCGAAGACGAACCUGAACAAGCCGUCGUACACCGACCUGAACGAGCGCAACCGAGUGGUCGGGGGCGGGGGCGGUGGGGGUGGAGGUGUGGUGGGGGGUGGUGAGAGGGCGGAGACCAUCACUGGGCUGGAGGAGGCCAACGCUGCCGCUCAUCAGACCAUCACCCGCCAGGCCCUGUCUCUGCAGAAGCAGUCCAUCGAAGGCCUUAUGUCGUUGCUAAGGGAAAUAGGAACAGCUUAUCUGCAUCUUUCACAAUACAACUGUCAAAAAGCUAUAGCCUGCUUGAAUGACCUACCGCUGAGACAUUACAAUAGUGGCUGGGUGCUAUGUGUGUUAGGAAAAGCCCACUUCGAAAUGAACGACUUUCAACAAGCUAUCAAACUGUUUAGCCGCGUUCGCCAGCUGGAGCCGUACCGACAACAGCUGAUGGAGGUGCUGAGCACGGCGCUGUGGCAGCUGCAGCGAGAGGCCCAGCUGUCAGUGCUGGCACAGGAGCUGAUUGCCCUGGACCGGCACUCUCCCGCCGCCUGGUGUGCCGCCGGCAACUGCUUCAGUCUCCAGAAGGAGCACGACACCGCCAUCAAGUUCUUCCAUAGGGCUGUGCAAGUAGAUCCUAAUUUCGUUUAUGCAUAUACACUUCUAGGUCAUGAAUAUGUGAUAACCGAAGAAUUAGAAAAAGCAAUGAGUUGUUUUAGGAAUGCAAUUCGUAUAUGUCCUAGACAUUAUAACGCGUGGUACGGAAUAGGAACAAUAUAUUCGAAACAAGAGAGGUUCAAAUUAGCUGAACUACAUUUUAGAAGUGCAUUGAAGAUUAAUCCAAACAAUGCUGUUCUUAUGUGUCACAUCGGAGUGAUGCAGAACGCGCUGAUGAAGACUGAAGAGGCGUUGCAGACGCUGAACGCAGCGCUGGAGAAGGAACCACGCAACCCGCUCUGCAAGUUCCACCGCGCCUCCAUCUACUUCGCGGCCGGCCGCCACGCCGAGGCGCUCCACGAACUACAACACCUCAAAACCAUAGUUCCCAAAGAAUCUCUAGUCUAUUACCUAACAGGAAAGGUUUAUAAAAAGUUGGGACAGACACAUUUAGCAUUAAUGCACUUCAGCUGGGCUACAGAUCUGGAUCCGAAAGGUGCCAAUAGUCAAAUAAAAGAGGCAAUUGACCCAGCCAUCUCUCGAUCUCAAGCUGAAGAAUCUUGUGUAGAGUUUGUGAACGGUUCGAAUGCAGGGCUGACUCCGGACGCGUCACUAGAAGCGCCGCUUGUAAUACAGGAGAGCGAUGAAGGGAGUCUCUAGUAAUAGCCAACGCCAACCCAAGUAUUAUAAUCAUCAUCGACGCUUUAGUAUUGGAUGAAAAGCCGCCUUCAACACACACUGCACAGUGUUGCCAGUGUGUUGCCACACAACUCGACUCGUUCCGACCUCUCUUCUUCUUCGUCUUUGUUUCCUGUGUAGACGUUUUGCUGUCUAGCUUCCAAAUUGUUUUGUGCAUGCGUUUUCUUCAGUCAUCCAGUGACUUGAUGUUCAAAAUUAGCUAUCCGGCUAGAGCUCCAUAAUUCUAGUUGCAGUUAUGGUUCUUAGUUUUAUUUGAACAGUUAUUUCAAUUCUCAAUGGACGACUUGCAGUCUCCCACUUGUACCGGUGCAAACGCUCAGCCUAUUUUAUAGUUCCUCUCUGUAACUUGCUGUACAAAAUUGAAAUUAUUUAUAUGCAUAUUAUUCGAGAAUUUUGUAAAUAUUUAAAAUCAACUCAGAAAGUAAUAAAUAUAUUAUAUUCAAUUGUUUAUCUAGCAAAUCUAGCAACCCUAUCCAUUAUUGUACUGCCUAUUCAAUUCUUAUUUCCAAAAAAAUUAUCAUUCUGGUAAUGUGACAAUUGAGUGAAUUUAGUUUCUAAAUUAUUCCAAAUUUCUUACUAAAAACAAAAAAUUAAAACUUAUUUCCUUUUUACAUUUGUUCAAUAUUAAACUGACUUACAUUAUAAUGUGUAAUUUGUCCCUAGAUUCUUUUCCAAUACCGUAUUGAUAUUUUAUUAAGCCGAAUUCAACAAUAUUGCUAGUUUGAAAAAUUUCUAUAAGACUUCAAAUUUCUUAAUGCCACUUGAUUGUUGAAAUCAUUGCAUCAAAAAACUGAUUCAUUUUAAUAGUCAAACGAACUAAUUUUGGUGAUUAUAUAGUUGAUUUGCUUUAUUUUUUCGCCUGCUCAUAAUUUUCUUCCUAAUUUAUUCUUCAAGUAUAAUAGACUACAGUGAAAGAUAACGUGUAUGAUGGAACAGCCCUGAGAGUUUUCGACCAGUCGUUCUAGAAGCAGGAUAUUAAUAUUAAAUUGAAGAACUCUGAACUCAAUACUCAAUUGAGAAUCCAUCUUUUAUUAACUGGAAAACACCUGAAGAUUCUGAAUAAAUUGAAAUUCAUCCAGUGGAGCAGUUCUAGUGUUUCGCAUUUUGGAUUGAGAUUUGUGGAAACUGCCAGGUUUGAGCUCAAACCCACCCUUAUAGAAACCAGAGUGAUUGAAAAACGUGGAGAAAAGGAAAGAAGAUAAGAAUUUAUAUUUUUACAUCUACAUUCAGUCCAUACACAUUGGAUAAGCAAGCUUUUUUGAGGAAUAAAAUAGAUUGCGAAAAGCUUCACCUGCACCAAUUACAGUUAACUAGACUAUUUUCGUCAAUUUCAGAGGAGAUACCAAACAUUAUAUUGCAAGGUAAGCCGAAUUGGUUUCAUGUGAUUAUUACCAAUUUAUAAUUCACCCCACAACUAAUAUUAUUAAAUAUGUUAAAAAAGUAUACCGUAGUACUUUCAUGUUAAAACAGGUGGGCUAUCAUAACUAAAUCUUCAGUUAGAAUUUAAUCAGAAUUUCAAAAAAUUGUAUUAAUCCAUAAUGCAAGAAUUAUGUUUAUCUCAUGAUGAAAUAAUCGAUAAUAUUUUGUAAAAUAUGAAUUAUAAAAAAAAUCAAUACGCAUUAAAUUACUGAAGCUUGAAACUAUCAAGAUUGAAAUUGCUGUUCACAUUGACGGCUUGCUAGAGAUGGCCCGUGGCUGCCAUUUGAACCAAUGUAAACUGGGGGCUAUCUCGUGAAGCAUGUCUAGUUUGUACAAUAAGCUUCAAUUUUUGAUUAGUUAAUCAAUUAGUAUGUUCUGUAGUCAUUGUCGGCGUCUUUUAAAUCCAUUUUUUUAAAAUAUUCAAUACUAUAAACUCGCAAACCAUAUUACUUCCAUAAAUUAAUAUUAUUGUUAAAUGCUAUUUAAAAGGAUAAUUUUAUUUCAUUUAACUAAAACAACGAUUCUAUGUAAAAGUAGUAUUAAGUUAACACUUCUAUUCUCUCAAUUACGAAUCACAUUAUUGCUACUCAGCUUUGGCCUUUUGGCUAUAAUCGACUGUUAGUAGUAACUGUCAAUUUCAUUUUUUUUCGGUUUCUUUCGCACUUACUUCCGGUGUCUCCGCCACGGUCCAUGGAACGGAAAAUCGUCUUUCACCAUUCAAAGUUAUUCAAUUUAAACACGAGGUAAAGUUCUUUUAUUGCCAAUAAAAGUAAAUCAGUAAUGUAUGGUCUCUACCCAAAGUGCUAAUAAAAGUAACUGAUAAUAUAUUUCUAACAUAAAAAUGAUAAACAAGUAACCAUAGGACAAUUUUAAUGAUAAUUCAACCGUUUACUUCAUUCUUCAACCGUUUACUAUAUUCUAUUUUAAUUUUUAAUAGGUGCCUAUCAUAACAUAAUAUUAUUAAAAAUUGAAUAGUUUCAAUGCUAGCCCACCUGCUUGGCAGCUAUAAUUGUUAAUGAAUAGACAUUGAAGAGCGGCAUCUAGGUCUUCCAAAUCUCUUUGAAUGAUUACUGCAUGUUACCUAUUUUCUUCUGUCAACUGGUGUGAAAUAUGUAGGAGUGUUUUAAUUUUACGAGAGAAUGGAAUCAUUUAUGAUUUUGUCAAAGGUCAUUUCCUAAAACCGGUAUGUUCCAAUGUACUGCAAUUUUUUUACGUAAUUCAGUGUAAUUUAAUCUCCACCUAUUAGGAUCUAAGGAAAUUUUUUAAUAUGCCAGACUUUGGUUAUCGAACAAUGACUGGAGAGAUUUUUUAAGCAUGAAUCUGUCUAUUGUACAAGCAGUAAAUUCAUCUAAGAAUAAUAUUUUAUUCUUAAAUCGGUUAAAAGUCAUGUAGUGAUAAGCCGGAAACAACGAAUCACACAUCAUUGUCAGAACUUUAUUAUGAAAUUGAAUUUAUUUCAAGUGAUGGAACUCAACAAGAAAUGUUGUACUGUACCUGCUAGAUGUUGAUCAUUUGAAAGCAGAUUAAGCUCUCCUUGUUGAUUUUUAUUGUUAAUUGCUUAUUAUUUGAUGAUUUAUCCUACUCCUACCCAAUUUAAUGUGACUUGAAGUUGUUAUGUUCGUUCAAUAAAUAGAGAAGUGUCCAUUGAGUUGAUUACCAUUUCAUUAAAUUUGAAAUGUAUUUCAGUUGCAUUUGUAUAUUAUUUGUAUUUAGAAACGAUUAUAUAGAUAUAUUUAUAAAAAUGUAAAUAGGUUCAAUGUAAAAUUAGUAGGUAAAUUACGAUUAAUCUAAAUUGAAUGUUAUUAUUGUAAUGAUGAUAAUUUUAUUACGGAAUUGUGAACUGAUUACUAAAUAGUGCGUACAUAGUGCUUCGAAUUGUGAUUUGAUAAAUUCUGUCAAAAACUGGGGCUGAUGUUCAGAAAAUUAUCAUUAAUAUGUGACGUUCAUUUUUCGAAUUAUUCUGCAUGUAAUCAAGAAGUUAUUAGUUGCUACUAUCUGGCAUGGUACGUACAAUCCAUGAUCUACUGAUAUUCAAAUUUCGCAUUGUAAUCUCUUAUUUAGGUCAACUCACAUUUUUGCAAUUGUCUUAUUAUUUAUCGAAAAAGAAGAAAUAUUAUUAUUCUA